AUGGAGAUAAACAACCGCAACGAGGGUUCUCAUGAUGAAGAAGAGUUAUGUUCAUUGUCUGAGAUAAUUUCUUCGAUUUGUUCAGAAGAUCAUACUGAAUUAAACCCUUUGCGAGAGAUCUUCGGUGCUCAAUCGGGUUCAGGGCUUGACUAUUCUGAGCCUACGGAUGUUAUUACCAGGAACAGUACUAAUCAGAACCUAGAAGAGGAGAGCGACACAAGGGAUCGUAACAACAAGAAACGACAACGUUCCAUGGAAUAUCGUGUAAUGAUGGAGAAGAAAAGGCGACAGAUUAUUAGAGACAAAGUAGAUAUUUUGCAGGAAAUGACUCCUAAUUGCGCAAAGUCGGACCUUGCAGCGAAGCUUGAAAGCAUUGUCGAAUACAUCAAAAGCUUAAAACAUCAAAGAGACGUUAUGUCUAAGGCAUACACAGAGACUGUGGGUUACAUGCCACCAUUUUAUGGAGGUCAAGCACCAUGCAUAUCUCCAUAUACCACUCCUUGGGGCUAUUAUGCACCAACAACCCCAAUGGUGCCCAUUAUCCCCCAAUUUCAUCAGGUACAUGACACUGCGCCGCCUAAUCAGACUCAACCUUAA